AUGACUGAUAUUCCUCCACGUCCAAAGUCCAUUUUUAUACGUCUUCAUGAUAGAUUUGAUUCAAGAUAUCCACGUGAUCUCUAUGGAAUUAUAAAUCCAGAUGAAUUUCAAGAAUCAAUGAAUAGAAUAAAUCAUCCAAUUUUAUCAAAGAAAAAGAACUUUUACAUUAUAAGCAUCAUUUCCCUUUUUCUUGUUACACUUGGAAUAUGCCUUAUCAUUGCUGCAAAAACAACAGCUAAUCCUAAUUCAGAAAUUGGUGCAUUGAUGAUUAUUGGAAUUUUAACAAUUCAUCUUGGACUAUGGCCUUCUUGUAUUGCCUGUUGCUUGAUACAUUAUCGACGUGAUAGAAAACUAAUUGAAGCAGUCGAGAAAGAAUCAAUUAAAUAUUCUUGUAGAUCUCCGACACCAUGUGGUUGGAGAUUAGAAAGUCCAAACUACACGACUGGCAGAUAUGAAAACGAGUUCAGUAAUCUAGUGAUUGAUAUUGGUCGUUCUAUGAUUGCAGAAAGUGAAAUGUGUGAUUCUAAUCAAGUCACUCCAAUAUCAAUAUUAUUGUCUCAACAUCAAGAUAAUUCUACACCUCCUUCAUAUUCUCAAGAAGACGAUUCAGUAUCAAUAUCAUUGUUUCAACAUCAAGAUGAUACUUCUUCACCUCCACCAUAUUCUGCUCAAAUUCCAAGAUUCUGCUCUCAAUGUAAUGCGCCACGACCAGAUCUGACAACUAAAUUCUGUUCAUUUUGUGGACAUUCGUUCGAUAAAUAUCAAAUAUGA